ACUGCGGUGAAAACUGAGUGUUUUACCCCGCUAACAAUCAAACAUGACCGACCACGAGGAAUCUGAGCAGACACGAGUUGAAAAACAAUUGAAAGUACCCAAUCACCUACGAUCACUGCAUGAUAGGGAUCAGGAAAGACGUCUUAUAGUUGUUCUGGAGGGCGCUUCAUUGGAGACGGCAAAGGUUGGUAAAGACUACGAACUGCUAACUAGUGACAAGCAUAAAGGACUUUUGAAGAAAUUUCGCAAGGAUCCUUCAGAUUACAGACCCGAUAUAACGCAUCAAUGCCUUAUGAUGCUGUUAGAUAGCCCUCUGAACAGAGCUGGAAAACUACAAAUUUAUAUCCAUACCCAAAAGAAUAUUCUUAUUGAAGUGAACCCACAAACGCGUAUUCCUCGUACGUUUGACAGGUUUUGCGGUCUUAUGGUACAGCUUCUCCAUAAACUCAGUGUUUCAGCGGCUGACAGGCCUCAAAAACUUUUGAAAGUUAUUAAGAAUCCAAUAACAGAUCAUUUACCAACGGGUUGCCCUAAAUUCUCUACAUCUUUUAAAGGAGACGUAAUGAAUUCAUCUGAAAUAUUAGGACCAGAUAGACCAGUAGUUUUUGUUAUAGGAGCAAUUGCAAAGGGAUCUGUUUCUCCUGAAUAUACUGAAAACUGUAUGUCGUUCAGCUCUUACCCCCUUUCGGCUGCUCUGUCCUGUGCAAAAUUGUGUACAGCUGCUGAAGAACAAUGGGGCGUUGUUUGA